CUUGCUUUAACAUUAGCACAACAGGAUAUCUGUCGUUUGCCGCUGCACCUUAAGAAGAGGCUGAAAUCUGGUCAACAGGAAUUCCCAUUGAGCGAGCUGCUACACUGAAGAAUGUAGCUAGGACAAGAAAGAAGAGGUGAUCUUCCAAAGUAUGCUGUGGAUGUUUGUAUGGAUGCCCCUGACUGCAUGCUGAUUUAACACCCUGGACUGAUGGAAAAGAGAGACAGGAAGCCGGGAUAUUUUGCCAGGCUGAAGAGGCGGAGACAGCUCAAGCAGAGCCAAUCAGAGAAAAGCGUGACUGAUCAGAAUCCCACCAUCAUUUCCUGUCCAGACAUCCCAAAUGAGGGCGACCCGCACAAAACAACGGACCUGCAGAGAAUAACAUCGAAGCCACCGGCCUGCCCGGAAAAUGGCUGUAAAAGUACCAAUCGGGCAAAGAAGGAAAAGCAGAGGCCACCAGGGACAGUGGAGUUCACUGUGGGAGCUAAUGAUUCCCUCAACAGCAUUGCACUCAAUUUCAACGUCACCCCGAACAACCUGGUCCAGCUGAACAAGCUCUUCUCCCGCAGUGUGUACCCCGGGCAGAAGCUGUUCGUCCCCGAUGUGAGCCAAUCAGAAACAGAGCUGAAGUCCUCGAGUUCCACUGAUCCCGCCUUCAGAAAUGGCUUAUCAGAGAAAGCAUCACAUGAUGGCAUUUCAAACGGCAAGUCAGCAAAGUCCCUCCGGCAUGAUCUCUCCCCAAACUCAGAGGACGAGAGCCCGGCAACCGUUAAAUUCAUCAAGAUGAGCUGCAAAUAUUUCACAGAUGGCAUGGGAGUGGUGGGCGGCGUGCUGAUUGUGACCCCCAACAACAUCAUGUUUGACCCCCACAAGUCGGACCCCCUGGUGAUCGAGCACGGCUGCGAGGAGUACGGCCUGAUCUGCCCCAUGCAGGAGGUCGUCUCCGUGGCGCUGUACGAUGACGUGUCGCGCAUGAAGCUCAAAGACGCUCUGCCAUCAGACCUACCCCAGGAUUUGUGUCCUGUGUACAGGCCCGGAGAGUGGGAGCAACUGCCCUCGGAGCGAGAUCUGAACCCCUUCAGCCGCUACGAGGCUCUUGAUCCCAAGCGACCAAUCGUGUUGGAUGACAUCGAAUCAACCCUCUCAGAAACUGUGAGCACAGAGGGUGAUCCGACGGAGAAGUCUCCAUCAGACGAAGGCUUCACUGAGUUGGAGCCGACUGUGAACGCGAGCGCUGAAGAGGUGGAGGCGACAUCCUCCAAAACUCCCAGCAUCCUCAGCACGGACCAACAGGAACUAGGACCAAGCUGCUCAGGCCGGGAAGACUUUAAGGACAAGUCGAUUGGUGGUAAAACUAAAGUGAAGCUGGACGAUGACGAGGAUGAAGGCGUCGCUCAGACCAGCUCCAUUGAGGAGGGAGAGUCAACACAAUCCUCUUUAGAGACUGAAAAACAGGGUAGCUUGCUGGAUAAUCCUACAAACCAAAAGGAAACCAAAUAUAUACAACCUAAAGGGAUAGAAGAGCUGCUAAACAGUGCACAUUAUGAAAUAAUCGAAGCACCAGUGGACCAAAACAGUAAACUGAGUCUGAAGGAGGCUUCAGAGGUUUGUGGGGGCUCGAGUCCUAAGAGACAAAGCCCUGUCAGACCAGCAGGGGGCGCUGAGCUCAGCGAGGAGGAGAUACGCAAGAAAAGCUACGAGGCAGAAGUGAAGACAUGGCUGCUGGAGAGGAUGCAUGCUCCAAUAGAAGACAUGCUCUUCUCAUCCAAGGAGAAGAGUAAAAUCCCCCCAAUGUUCCUGUGCUUCAAAGUGGGAAAGCCAAUGAGGAAGUCCUUUGCCACCGCAAUGACUUCUAGUCCCGCCCACUCAUUUGGGGGCCGGGGUAAACAGCCGGAGUACUGGUUCGCUGUGCCACAAGAAAGGGUGGACCAUCUGUAUGCAUUUUUCGUGCAGUGGUCUCCGGAUGUGUACGGGAAGGAGGCUCGAGAGCAAGGCUUUAUUUUGGUGGAGAAAGAUGAGCUGGACAUGAUCGACAACUUCUUCAGUGAGGAAGCUUCUUGCAGUUGGGAGAUCAUCACCAUUGACGAGGCUAAGCGCAGGCAGAGUUUCACCAGCUGUGAUGCAGAACUAUCAGUGGAUGCACUUCCCAUACUCAGUGAGGCCAGUGACCUGCUGCAGGACACGCACAUGGAGAAGCUUGCAUGCCGCUUGCCGCCCCGUGUGCAGAUCUACCCCUGGAGACUGGCCUACAGCACGGUGAAGCACGGGACCAGCCUGAAGACUCUGUACCGGAGCCUGGCAGACGUGGAGAGUCCGGUUCUGCUCGUCAUCAAAGAUAUGGACAACCAGAUAUUUGGGGCUUUCUCAAGUCAUCCGUUCAAAAUGAGCGAACAUUGCUACGGCACAGGAGAGACGUUCCUCUUCAGCUUCUGUCCUGAAAUCAAGGUGUACCGCUGGACGGGCGAGAAUUCUUACUUUGUGAAGGGAAAUAUUGAUUCUCUGCAGAUGGGAGGAGGAGGUGGUCAGAUGGGUCUGUGGCUGGACGCUGAGCUGUACCGAGGCACCACCAACAAAUGCGCCACCUUCAACAACCAGCCCCUCUCCGCCCAGCGGGACUUCAACAUCCACAGUGUGGAGGUCUGGACCUUCGAGUAGUCUUACCUGAUCAUAGGUACUCCUACAUUCAACCUCUGCUCCAACACCCUCCCCCGCCCCCCCCAAGUCUAUUACACGCCACUUGGAGGCAAAGCUAGCUCCCCCACAACGACACUGAACGUUCUGUGAACGGCCAUCUGUAGCCUGCAUCGACCUUCGGCAGGCAGGUCGGCCAGUUUGCAUUUGGCUCCUUCUUCCUUCUAAGGUGGAAGUGUGUCGUUGCUCUCCGUUCAUUGGCUGCCUUAGACAUCCGUCAACGCCUCAAGCUUUCCCAGCAUGCAAACUGCCUGACCACCAUAAGAGAGGAAAGAGAGAAGAGAGAAGAGGAAGGAUGCUCAUGUUACUAUUGAGGUAAUCCCUAAAAUAUUUCUAGUGUGAGGAAGAACAAGGUUUCCCAUUAUGAUGAACGUUAUUUUGUGCAGGAAUAAUGAUGUAAUUAGUUUCUUUGGGAAUGUACAGGAUAAAGUGCUGAAGACAUUUUUUUUUACGAUGUUAUGGAUUUUAAAAGGAAGUGGAAAUUGCCAGAAAGAUUAUUUUGGAUCCUCUACUAUUAAAUUCAUUUAAAUGCAGGAAAUGUUUACAAUGGAAGCGUUGCACUUCCUCUGACGGCUGAGUUUAGGUGAACUUAAUGAGUGUUUCAUUUAAUUAUCUCACAACUACUUAAGUUUUAAUUUCCCCAAAAGAAAUCCAGGUUUGCAAAGACCAAAUAUGUUCCAUUUUAAUUUCGCAUUUGUUGUGAGUUUAUUUUAUAAAAUAUUUUAGAUUUUUUUAUUUUAAAAUUGUAUUCUUAUUACAUUCUUUACAAAGAGUGCUCAAUUUUAAUGGAUGUGCUUUUAUAGAAAGUGUUGAAUGUUUCUGUUUGUGAUUGGACCUAACAAGCACUACAAAUGACUGUUUUGUCAGUAUUGAAUUCAUAUCUCACGUCGACUGAUUUCUAUCUGUUUUUAUUAAUUUUGCGGUCAUUGUUUAGAGCCAGUAGAAGUUAAACAUGAUGUCACUUUGCACUACAGGAUUUAUCGACAGUCAUUGCUCUGUUGUGGCCUCGUGUAAUUAAACAUUUAUUCAAUGUAAAAUUGUUACUUAAUGCUAUUUGAUCACCACUAUAGGUCAGCAUUUGCUUUACUUAAAAAUGGAAAAAGGGACAGUCUGUUUUUGCACUCUGGUAAGCCACUAACAAAAAUUUCCGAUCUACUAACACAGAAAAUAAAUGUUAAUUUAUAUCCUUUGUGUCCGACACAGGCUUGUAGUGCAUGCAUUAUGCAAUACUGCAAAUGUUUGACACCACUCAAUGAUACCUGCCAUACUUUUCACUAAUGCCAGUAAUCGCUUUAUGUGAAAAUGAGCUUUGUGUUCUUGUGUUUUAACUGUGAAUGAUCCCUGAGUAUUAUUUCUCGUGAACCCAAAACUGCUGUGAUAUUACUAUGGAUCUAUUUAUUGUGUUGUUAUAGCAAACACAUUUAAACCUAAAUAAAUGUUAUAUAUACACAUAUUAUUAAG